AUGUGUCCCCGCGAGCAGGGUCAUUGGGAGGGCGAGGACGACGGGGAAGGAAGUGGGAUGGCCGGAUGCAGAGGAUCGCGGAGGGCGAGAAGGGGGAUGACGUUGGAGGGCCGGCUGGCGUCGGCCAGGGCUGAUGGGGGCGGACGCGCGGCGCAGGCGACACACUGGGCUCCGGACGGCCUGUGCACCGGGCAGGGCGGAGACGACGACAUGGCGGUUCUCCCGCGAGAUGACAAGGCAGGAAUCGGGGGAACAGGCGCGCACGCCGGCUCGCAUGGUUCUCGGACCUUCCCGAUAUGGGGCGGGGAAGACCCUGCAGGUGGAAUGAAUUGGGCGCAUCCUGAGUCCUCUCUCAUAUGCCUCUUCCCCCAAGAGGUCCUCGCCCUCGUCGCCUUCCACCUCUCCACCCACCACCCGCUAGGCCCUCCCUCACAUCUCCUCCCUCUCCUCUCCACCUGUCGCCACUUUUAUUUCUCCCUCGCCUCACACAAUGCACAACCUCUCUACGCUGCCAUCUUCGAGCACCGCUUCGACUGGCGUGCCUCCGUCAGGCGUCUCGGCGAACGCACAAAACGCCCCACAUACCAGACCCUCCAGCUCAAGAAGGUCUCGCGCAUGCUCGGCCGCGUCAAACAGGGCGACGUCCGCUCCAGCCAUCUCGAGGCUGACUUCUGGACCGCCUUCCUCAUGUGCCUCGAGAAUGACGGCCGUAACGCCGUCCAGCUCGAUCACGCCGGACUCGACGCCCUCGUCAUCAACUACCUGCGCACACGCCUCUACGAGGGCCGCGAGAAGACCAGCGGCUGGCCAGCAGAGAUCACGCUCAACGCGCUCGCCUUGUGGCUCUUUUGGUUCAGAUUGACCGACGCAAAGAUUGCCGCCAUGCCAACUGACCAACGGAACGAGAUAUCCGACCUCGUCCGCCCGUACGUUCUCACCGCCCUCCGCUAUCCUGUCUUCCACGCGCCCGACAAUCACUUUGAGCUGCCCCUCCCCGAGCAGCUGCGUGAGCAACCGCCCUGGCUGCUGACUACGCCCCACGGCUUCUACCCACUCUACCGCGACCCUGACGCGCUCGCGGAGCACCUCGCGCACUUCGCCAUGCCGCUUACGCUCGCCGCCCCGCUCAUCGCGCUCGGCGCACAGCUCAUUUACACCGCGCUGCACGAGACGCCGCUCCCGUACUCCCCCGGGCAGCCGGAAAACCGUGCGCACUCGCUCCAGCUCAACCGCCACUACAUCCACCCGACGCGCGCCGACGUCGAUGAGGCGAACGCGAAGCCGAGCGUCGUGCCCCCGAGCCGCGGCGACUGGGACUGGUAUGCGGGGCUGAGCGCGGAGCAACGCGUAAUCGAGGACGGGCGGACGAUGCGCCCCGAUCUGACAAGCGCGAGCGCAAAGUGGGACCGCGAUUUUGCGCGGCUCGUGUUUUGCUUCGACCCAUACAACUAUCCGUCACUGAAACCGAGCAUGUGGACACACGGUACACUCACCGGCCUUUGGCGCGGCCGCCUGCUGGUGCCCGAGGUGACCGGGUACUUCAACCUCAUUCACUCUCAGGAAUUCCCGCCGACGUUCGCAUAUGACCACCCGCGGCUGUUCACGUCGCCGCUGUACAUGAACCUGCGCGAGCACCAUUGCGUGAACCCAGAGGCGCCAGCAGCGAGCGGAGGCGAGCCGGAAGGCUUCGACGACGGGAUCUGCAACGCGUGGUUCCCCGUGGACACGACGUUCUACGAGGAGCGCGAGAAGGGCGAGCUGCGCGUCGUGCACACAGACAGCGGCACCGAUUCCUGCUAUACGACGUGGAUGCCGGGGCGGCCAAAUGGACACAGCGAGGAUACAUGUACGCUGUGCGAACGGAGAAGGGAGGACCACGAGAUGGAGGUGGUGGCGAGGGCGCGCAUCGCCGCGCGCACCGCGGAACACGUGGACGCGGCUCAAGAGGCGGCAGACGAGGAGGAACCGGAGGAAAGGCCGCGCGAAGAGGUCGGAUCGGACCCGCCUUCGCCUCCGGAGGACCCGAUGGACCAGGUCGCUGCUGCACGGCAAGCUGCAACAGAGGCGCUCGGGACGGACGCGGACGAGGUGCUGAGAGAGGUGGUCGAGGAGAGCAGUGACGAGGACAUGGACAGCGAGGAGGAUGAGUAUGCGUCGACGAACGAAGACGACGUCGAGGAGUACAUCGAAGCAGAGUGCACGGGCGUGUCGGAUAUCAUCAUCACCGGGGAGACGCUCCAGAGGCACGGCGAGGCGUGGAAUCACUACCGCUUCUACGGACGCGUGCGGGAAUGGGACGGUCUUGUCGCGCUGGUGCGCGUCCCCAUGUUCGAGCGCGAUCUUGGCACGUACAUCUUUCGCGGGUACAUUAUCGGCGGGACAAACUUCGUCGGGCGCUGGCGCGCCUGGACAAAGACUCUGGACCGGGUACCGCUCGAGGGGCCGUUCACGAUGACCCGCAGACUUUUCGACCCAUACUCCCUCGAACUUCUGAGGAACCAAGUCAUCACUGUCUCGCCCGAAUGUGGUCUCAUUCUGGACGUCAGGCGCUACAGCAACGAUGAGCCAACAGACGUGAAUUGGUCCGAUCCGCAGGAGGUGGACCUGAGGCACGCGACAGUCUUGCCGGGGUUCGUGGACGCGCACGUUCAUAUCUUCUUGCACGCGUAUUCGGACGUCAGCUGGAACGACCAGGUCACGGGCGAAAGCUUCGUCGAGCGCACCGUGCGUGCAACCCUGCACGCAAGGCGGACAUUGAUGGCAGGCUAUACCGCUGUGCGUGACCUUGGUACGGAAGGCCUGGAUGAAGCGGACAUUCAUCUGCGGAAGCUGCUAUCAGGCCCGAACCCCAUGAUACACGGACCACGCUACUUCUGCGCAAACCGAGCAUUGGCUACGACUAACACGUAUGGUCCAAAAAGCCGGUUGCAUCUCAACCAGGAUGGCGUAGACGGGAUAACGGGCGCGGAAGUCGUUGAUGGAGAGGUAGAAUGCAUCAAGGCUGUUCGCCGCCAGAUAGGUGCAGGAGCAGACUGGAUCAAGCGCAUGGCGGAUGUAUCGACCGCAGCAGGACUAGCAGACAUUGCUACCUUCAGCCAGAAGGAACUUAACACGAUCAUCGCAACUUCCCACCAGCUGGGCGUCAAGGUCGCUGCGCAUUGUAUGAGCUGGACUGUCAACGGAACUGUCGUCUCAAGCGGGCCAGGCUUCCACACUGUCGAACACGGGUACCACAUGUCCUUCUACGAUGAAGUCACCGAACAAUGGAACGGCGACAGCACGUCCACCGGGGACAUCCGGACCUUCUGGAUCCCAACGCUUGCGGCAUAUUACUCGAUGUCCAGCGGCAAUCCGCAGCGAUGGGAGAGCUCUAAGCAGGCGUUCCGCCGUGCACUCAGGGCAGGCGUCGAGAACAUCGCUUGUGGCGGUGACACGGGGGUCUUCGACCACGGUGAGAAUGCGCUCGAGAUGAAGCUCAUGGUGCGGCUAGGUGCGGAUUGGCGCAAGGUCCUGCGAUGGAGUACACUGCACGGCUGGGAGUGCAUCCGGAGCAUGGCCUGGGAAGGGCCGACAGGCAAGGCUCGCUUGGAGCGUGUCGGGGACCUACGCGAAGAUGCCCGGAAGGUUGGUUAUAACGAAGUGCCGUUCGGUGCUGUCCGGCGGGGCUUUGCGGCGGACAUCAUUGCGACUACGGGAAAUUUGGAGGACGACUUCGAACAUGCAGUCGACAAAUCAGCCAUCACAUUUGUGAUGAAGGGUGGGAGUGUUUACAAACGCGACGGGCGCGAAUUGCUCCAUAUAGCACCUACUGGUAACACCAGAAGGCAGUCGGACAACAUGAAAAUCUACGCGGGGAAGAUGUUCGAUGUCUACUCUCUCGAAUUGCUUGAAAACAGAGUUAUUAUUGUCUCCCCCGACUCAGGUCUCAUCCUCGAUGUCAAACCUUACACUCAGUCCGAAGCAGCGACGGCGAACUUUUCUGAUCCACAAAUUAUCGACUUGAGGAAUACAGCCGUCCUCCCGGGCUUUGUCGACGUACACGUGCAUUUCUUCUUGCAUCCUUACAGCGAGGUCAGCUGGGAUGACCAGCUGACGAAGGAGAGUCUGGUGGAACGCACCGUGCGAGCGACUCUUCACGCCAAACGGACCUUGAUGGCAGGCUACACCGCAGUACGCGACCUGGGGACAGAGGGAGCGGGUGAUGCCGAUAUCCAGCUUCGCAAAUGCAUGUCAGGCCCAAACGCGCUCAUCCCCGGACCUCGUUACUUCUGCGCCAAUCGAGCUAUUGUUACGACGGGGAGCUACGGUCCCAAAAGCAAAAUUAAUUUGAAUCAGGAAGGUAUCGAGGGUAUAACAGGCGCGGAAGUCGCUGAUGGUGAGGUCGAGUGUGUGAAAGCCGUGCGGAGACAAGUCGGCGCCGGCGCAGACUGGAUUAAGGUGUGUACGGCAGCAGGAUGUCAAGAACCAACGUGGAGGUACUCAGCUUACAUGACAGACUAUCGCUUCCGGUCCCGAAUGGCAGACGUAUCGAGCGCGGUAUCAAAGGCGUCCAUUACAACGUUCAGCAACAAGGAGCUUGAUGCACUCAUCUCUACAGCCAACCAGCUCGGUGUCAAAGUUGCCGCUCAUUCAGCCCACUGGCACGCCAGGGCCGACAAUGGAAUAUCGAGUGGCCCAGGUGUACAUACCAUUGAACACGGCUACAACAUGAUCUUUGAUGAUGACACAAUUACGGCACUUCGGGAGGACGCGCCACAGAGCUUGAGCAAGACAUUCUGGGUUCCGACACUCGCCGCAUACUAUACUAUGGGGCAGGGGAAAGGCGAAGUCUGGGAAUCCGCAGCAAAGGCAUUCCGCCGUGCGCUGGACAAGGGAAUCGAGAGCAUUGUCUGCGGCGGCGAUACGGGUGUCUUCGCGCACGGCGACAACGCUCUCGAAAUGAAACUCAUGGCGCGGAUUGGCGCCGACUGGCGGAAGGUUCUUCGCUGGGGGACCCUCGGGGGCUGGCAAUGCAUCAGGAGCAUGGCGUGGGAGGGACAUGACGGCGUGGCCCGCUUAGCGCGAGUCGAUAAUCUUGAAGAAGAUGUGAGGUUGGUGGGAGACAACGAAGUGCCAUUUGGUGCCAUACGGCGCGGUUUUGCAGCAGAUAUCAUUGCGACAAACGGGGAUCUGGUGAACAACUUCGAGAACGCGGUCGACAAAACAGCGAUUGUUUUCGUAAUGAAGGGUGGGAAGGUGUAUAAGCGAGACGGGAGGGGGCUUGUGUAG